AUGUCGACCGCACCACCCUCACGAACAGCGAGUGUGGCUGAGCCAAGACGAACAUCGGCCUCAUUGCGACAGAAGAGUCGAGCAGCUUCUGCUGCUAUCGACCAGGAAAACCGACCGGACUCGAAGGCAUCGACCACGCGCAAAAGCUCGACCACCACCACCGAGACGCGCACGGAGAGAAGGACGAUCGAUGAGAGGCUUAUACGACGAACAAGAAGCCCACUGAAGCCGACGGAGAGCAAUGCGAGUGGUGGGCGCAAAACUAAGGAUGGCGGGGAGAGAGGGCAGCGGGCGGAAAAGGCGAGGAAGGAGGAGAUGAGGGCGUCAAUGCAAGCAACGACAUGGAGUCCUCAAGCAACCUUACUCCCACCCUCUUCCAGCGCACCUCUAGCUGGCCGAGUAUCGAUACCGCCACAGUCGCAACAUGCACCAGCCUCGGUACAUCCUCCGCCGUUCAACCGUCUUGGUCUAGAACAGCAGGAGUCUGCUCUGGUCGAGGAUCUGUUGUAUGUUCUCUUGGGCUUCGAAGGACAAUAUGUCCGCUACGUUGAAUCCUACAACCCUUUGGAUGAGCAGAGCCGCCUUAUCGGACCGAACUACAGGAUCGCCAAUGGACUGGACCCGAGCUUGCGGGACUUGGCCGGUGGUAUGCUGAAGACGGCCACUCACUUCGCAGCACUGGAGCUGUUCGUGGAGACCAUGGGUAGGGAGGAGUGUGGCAGCGUCAGCCAUGCCUUAUGCGCGUCGAUACGGAAGCUCUUAAAGGACCACCUGAUCUUGAUCGCCCAGCUGGAGCACCAGGCACUGACCAAUGAAGGCUUCACAUUACACCAGAUGAAUCUGCAUCUCAAGCCGACAGGCCACAUAUUGACACAACUCUAUAGCCUAGCUCAGGAAGUGCUAAAGGCGAACAGCAUGCUUGGCGAUCUCCUAGAAGAUGAUACGUCAGACCAAGCAGACGAGUUCGAAAAUAUCCUUGAAUCCCUCCGUGAAGGGCGCGACACAAGUAUUCCGGGAAAGCGCACAUGCAAAGGUGGCUCCGUCCUCCGCUUGAUCACGAAACGACUACAAUCCUCUUCCGGCGACCCAGCGGCGUACCAACUCCUCCAAACACUACUCCGCGACAGCAGCCGACCAUACAUGCGCAUGCUAAACGAAUGGCUCCACCACGGGAAUGUCCGCGAUCCGCACAACGAAUUCCUAAUCAAAGAACAGAAGUCUAUCCGCCGGGAAGGACUACAGCAAGACUACACAGACGAGUACUGGGAGAAACGGUACACCAUCCGGCCCGAACUCAUUCCUCCCCAACUCGAAGCCGUUAAGGACCGUGUCCUACUAGCUGGCAAAUACCUCAACGUCGUGCGAGAAUGUGGCGGCAUCACAGAUAUCAAUCGCGACUUGAGCAAUAGCGAACAGGUCCCCCACACUUUCUCCGACCCGCGCUUCCUCGAGAACGUCUCGAACGCCUACGCCUUCGCCAACCGUAGUCUGAUGACCCUGCUGCUCACAACCCACGGCCUCCCCGCUCGCCUUAGGAGCCUGAAACACUACUUCUUCCUCGACCGCUCCGACUUCUUCUCCUACUUCCUCGAACUCUCCGCCUCGGAACUCAAGAAGACCGCGAAGAACGUCAAUGCCGGAAAACUGCAAAGUCUCCUCGAUAUCGUGCUCCGACAACCCGGCUCUGUGGCCGCCGAAGAUCCUUUUAAGGAGGACGUCAGGGUCACCAUGUCCGAUACUGGACUUACGGGAUGGUUGAUGCGGGUUGUCAAUGUCCAGGGGAUGGAUGCUGAUGCCUCGUCCUUGUCGUUGGCGAACACUUACACGGGGAGUGUGACGGGCAAAGACGAGAAGGAGAUUUCAGGGUAUGAGGCCCUAACGCUGGAUUAUGCUGUCCCGUUUCCGCUUUCGUUGAUUGUAUCGAGGAAUACGUUGACGAGGUAUCAACUUCUUUUCCGCUACCUUUUGUCGCUCCGGCAUCUGGAGGGUUUGUUAACGCAGAGUUGGACGGAACAUACGAAGUCUCCUGCUUGGCUACGGAAGGGUCCUCGGCGGAAAGGUGCAGGUGCUGACAGUGCUGGUACCGAGGUGGAGAGGAAGAUCGAGAACUGGAAGCGGAGAGCAUGGUGUCUAAGGGCGAGGAUGUUGUGUUUUGUGCAGCAGCUGUUGUACUUCUGCACAAGCGAAGUCAUUGAGCCGAAUUGGCGGAGCUUCAUGGCGAGGGUUGAGGAGGCGAGGGACGGUGAUGAGGAGGUGCAGGGGCUGGUGCAGGAUGAUACUGCGGCGGGCUCUACACAAGGCGGAAGUGCUGGACCCUCAGCUACGACAGCGACUUCGAGGCCGGCGACCGCUAAGAGCGGAUCGGCUACUACCCCGAAGGUUAAGAGGACGGUGGAUGAGUUGAUGCAGGAUCAUGUUGAUUUCUUAGCGACAUGUCUGAAGGAGUGCCAACUUACUAAUUCCAAGCUUCUACGCAUCAACUCAAAAGUAACCUCCACCUGCGUCCUCUUCGCCAACUACACCUCCUCUUUAUCCCGCUACCUCGCAUCUCUCUCGCCCGACGAGAACGGAAAUACAGCGGCUACUGCGCCCGAUCCGGCGAAGCUGGACAAGCUGUUCAGUAUCUUGCAGCAGUAUGAGGAUCAUUUCAGCAGGCAUUUGAAGAUUCUAUUGGAUGCGUUGAAUUACCUUGCUGCUACGGAGACGGUGGUUUUCCUGGGCCUUUGUGCGAGGUUGAGUAUGGCUGGGGAGGGAGGAAGAGAGGGUGGGGCGGGGCCGAGCGCUUAUGGGUGCGGAGAUGUGUCGAAUUAG